UAGCCUCUUUGACCCAUUGCAAGAAAAGACAAUAUGAAUUCUAGAUCUCUAAUUAUAAUCGGAAUUACUUGUAUUUCCAUGUGCUUCUCAGGAGUGUCUUCAGAAUGUAACAUGGGAGAGAUGUCCAAAUGUUUUGAGGGGUUUGUAAUGCCAAAUAUGGAGUCAUUGUCAAUGCAAGAUUUACAGACCAUGUGCGCAUCAGUUAGAGGUGUGAAAAGCUGUAUUGAGCCAUACAAAAGUGCUUGUGCAGCAGAUUCAACCUUUCAGUCGAUGAUGAGCGGUAUGACUCUGGCUGCUGGGUAUUGCGGAGAUUCUGGCUGCAAUUUAUUGAAAUGCUUCUCUGAUGCUGGGAUUAAUUUGGACAAUACUGGGGGUAGCUCAAAAAAAAUAAGUUGUGGGGGUUAUAUGCCAUUGAAAAACUGUGAAGAAAGCCAGAAAAAGGCCUGUCAGCAGAACCCAGCUUACGCAGAUGUUCAGGAUUCUCUCAAGCAAGCGGAAAAAGCGUGUGGCUCUCCAGGUGGCGGAAUCUCAGCUACCCCGGCCUUGUGGAUGGUUUUCUCAGCUGCCAUGAUGGUGUUAGCAGCCAUUUUUCCAUAAA